UAUCCCAGUGGCGUUGCCGCCAAUAAACAACAUUGACGUUAAUUGCUCGCCCUCGAUUAAUUAGUUUAUCGGGAGUUUAUCGAUUUUUUUUAGAAAUUGUUGUUGCUGCCGAUCGAAGGCGCCGCGAGCUGAAGAGGAAUGCCUCGCAGGAAGGUGGAACGCUGCGUCCUGACGCUGAGCCACGUCAGCAGCUCGGAGGGGGACGAGGAGGACGAGGAGGACGAAGAGGAGGAGGAAGAGGAGGAGGAGGAGGACGAGGAAGACGACGAGGUGGAGAUGGAGGUGCUGGCCUCCGAGGCCACGGACUCGGCCGGGGAGGGGAGCGAUGAGAGCAGCUCCGGCGGGCAAGGCCCGCGGCGGUCGGGGAGGCUCGCGCGCUCAACCCGCGGCUCCACGCGAGCCCAGGCCGCCGCCGCCGCCGCUGCCGCCAGCGCCAACAACAGCGCCAACACAACCGGCAACGCCACCAGCGCCGCACCGGGAGAAGCGGGGUGGGAACCGGCGCCGUACCCGACGAGGAGCAGGGGGGGCCACGGCGUCCCCCUGCGCCGGCUCGCCGGCACCUCCGGCACCGCGGGCCUCACCGACGGCGCCCGUGCGACGGGCGGCCUACGGCGCGUGCGCUCCUCCGGCUCCGAGUCGGAGCUCACGGCCACGGAGCACGCCGACCGCGACGAGUCUCCCCCGCGCACCCCCACGGGGAACGCCCCGUCUUCCGACUCGGAGCUGGACGUGUCGAGCGGCCGGCGUCGCGCGCCGCCAGCGGAGACCGCGACCCCGACUCCGGCAGCGAGCGCGGCGGCACCACCGCCACCAGCGGCGGGGCCGGCGCCGGCUCCGCUGCCGGCGGCGCGGGAAAGGCCGCCGCGAGCGCGCCGGCAGGGCCACCAGCGGCAGAGCGGAGAGGACGGGAUGGCGGACGGGAACGCCAAGCCUGACGGCGGCGGCGGCGGCGGCGGAGAUGCAGCCGUGGGUUCGACCCGCGUUCCCCGCGCCAGCUGUCCAACGCCGGGAUGCGACUCUCUCGGUCACCUCGCGGGGAAGUCCGAGCGGCAUUUCUCAACCGUCGCCUGCCCCCUCUACCACAACAUGACCGCCGAGGAGUGCAGGUUGCGAGCAGGGCGGUACGAGAAGGAGCUGGCGGAGCAGGAGCUGGCCGAUCAGCAGGACGAGAAUCGACACACGACCCGGCACGGAGGCCCGACAGAGAAACAGCUGCGCUAUCGAGAAAAGGUCACCGAGCUGCGCAAGAAUCGGAACGCGGGCCCAACAGAGGAGCAGAAACAGAAGUACAUUGAGCACCGGCAGACGCACGCCAUGAGCCGAGAGCCGCUCCUCGACGGGCUGACGUCGCCCUACGACCUGGAGCUGUUCCGGCGAGCGCAGACACGCGCCUGCCUGGACAUGGAGCAGAUGCACCUGCGCGGGGCCGCGUGCGACGGCGACGGAGCGCUGGCGGGGGCGGCCGUGGUGGGCGCCUGUCUCGAGGCCGGCAUCCGCACCAUCGUGUUUGGGCGCUACGAGCUCGACACGUGGUACCACUCGCCCUACCCCGAGGAGUACACGCGCCUGGGCAAGCUCUACGUCUGCGAGUUCUGCCUCAAGUACAUGAAGAGCCCCACCAUCCUGCGCAGGCACAUGGCCAAGUGCGUUUGGAAGCACCCGCCGGGGGAUGAGAUCUACCGGAACGGCAGCGUGUCCGUCUUCGAAGUGGACGGCAAAAAGAACAAGGUGGCGUGGGCGCGCGCGUGCAGAGAUUUCGUAGCCGUUACAGAAAUGUGCUUCACUCAUUUUCAGAGGGGCUGGCCACUUUCGCCGAUAAGACAUCGUCAGCGUGAAGGCCGUCACACCAUUUGAAACCAUUAGCGGUUCGACAGCAGCACGACAAUGAUGAUGAUGAUGGGGGGCGUUUUCACAUUUAUGUAUUGUCGGGGGCCGCACGUCAGGGGCUGCACUAAAAGGCACCAGGUGCUGCCAGUGGCGUGCGGGGUUUGCAAUAAAGAACACUGAGUUAGGGCCAUUUCCCACUUGGCUGUUCUUCACCCGCUAAAUUGUUUACGCACGAAACAAACACCCGCGUACGGGGAACAGCUCGAAAACCAACCACCCAGAUGUCGGUGGCACACAACACCACCGCCCGGGGGAGGUGGUGGAUUAUUUAUACAUUAUCACUACCGCUGUGCUACGCUCGUUUACCCAGCAAAGCGUAACGGAGUCUCAAGGCUCUCAGUACGGUCAAAUAACCCCCCAGGAC